AUGCAGGCCCUGAACUUUUUGUUGAUCAACUCCAUGGACUGCCAAGAUAUCUCACGCGGCGCGAAGAGUAUCCCAGCAGUGAGAUCUCGAUUAGUCGCAGCAAUCCGCCUGCUUGGUCAGACCCGCGCGGUUAAUACACCAUGGCAGGUCAAGAAUGUUCCUCCUCAUCCGCAAUAUUACAGCCGUCGAGAAAUGCCGGUACCAAGGAGAGCACGGUUUCUUCUGCGCCAGCUUGUCAUUGCCACUUGGCAAUACCUUGUUCUUGAUAUUGUUCAGACUAUUUCAAAGCAGCAAGCUAUUGAAAAAGGACCACAAGAAUCGAUCAGGUCAAUCGAAUGGGUUGUACCGGCGGGCCAGUGGAUCGAACGGAUCGCCACACAUCUGUCUAUCUGGUUUAUAGUGAAUCGCUUGAUUGGUGAUCUGGCAUAUCGAGCUCUGUCAAUAUUUUUCGUUGGGAUUGGACUCGACUCUCCUUCUGACUGGCCGCCAGCUUGGGGAAGAAUGAGCGAUGCGUUUACAUUGCGCAACUUUUGGGGGAAAUUCUGGCAUCAAUUCAUGCGUCGGCCAUUCACAUCUAUCAGUAACUACGUUUCGCGGGAUGUCCUGCACUUAUCACGAUCAUCCUUGUUGGAGCGUUAUACGAAUAUUUCCAUUGUAUUCAUCGUCUCUGCGGCGUUUCACAUUAUUGUCGAUAUACUGCAAAGUAUUCCUAUGGGAAGAUCGGGUUCAAUACCAUUCUACCUCGCAUUUAUCCUGGGAAUUAUGCUAGAGGACGGCGUACAAGAGCUUUGGAAGCAUAUGCAAGCCCGAAGCGAACCCCCAUCAGCAAAAGAAGAUGUUCCCCUUUGGAAACGGCUCGUUGGACUAGUCUGGGUCAUGCUCUGGCUUGGAGUCACCUCGACAUGGUAUUUUACACCAAUGAUUCAAUCCACCACGAAAGAUAUACGCAUGGUUCCCGCUAGUGCAGCCAGCUACAUUGGCCUUGACCCGCUAAUUGGAAUUGUGAUUCUCAGCGGUGGAGUUAUUGCACAUAAAUUCGAAAUCGAGAUAUAA